UUAGGUUAGCGCGAGGCGUGACCUAGUUGACAGGCUUUGAGGUGCUGCUGUGGCGGCGGCCGCGGGGCUGAGGCGGGUGGGAGCCGAAGCCUAGCGAGGGCAGAGGGAGGAGGGCGGCGACCAGAGAGCUGAGAACGGCGCGGGACGCGGAGCCUCUCGCACUUUUUCUCUCCCGAGUGCCUCCUCCCACCCCUCCCACUCCACACACACCCUGUUUGCCCGUGAGCCUGGGGAACUUGCAGCUUAAAGCCAGCCACCCCCACGGCAACAUGUAUCCCAGCAACAAGAAGAAAAAGGUGUGGAGAGAGGAAAAAGAACGUUUACUGAAGAUGACCUUAGAGGAGAGACGCAAAGAAUACAUAAGGGACUAUGUUCCCCUGAACACCAUCCUGUCGUGGAAGGAGGAGAUGAAGUGCAAGAGCCAAAAUGACGCAGAAAAUACUCAGGAAGCAUCCCAGGUAAAGAAGAGUUUGAGCGAAAAAGUUUCUCUCUAUAGAGGUGACAUCACAUUGCUAGAGGUAGAUGCUAUAGUCAAUGCCGCAAAUGCCAGUCUUCUUGGAGGAGGAGGUGUGGAUGGCUGCAUUCACAGAGCAGCUGGCCCCUGUUUGCUAGCUGAGUGUCGUAACCUGAAUGGCUGUGAUACCGGACAUGCAAAAAUCACAUGUGGCUAUGACCUGCCUGCAAAAUAUGUCAUCCAUACCGUAGGGCCAAUAGCCAGAGGCCAUAUUAAUGGGUCCCACAAGGACGACCUUGCAAAUUGCUAUAAAUCAUCUCUAAAGCUGGUGAAAGAAAAUAACGUCCGAUCAGUUGCAUUUCCCUGCAUCUCUACAGGCAUUUAUGGCUUUCCUAAUGAGCCUGCUGCAGUCAUUGCCCUCAGCACCAUCAAGGAAUGGCUGGCCAAGGAUCAUCAUAAGAUGGAUCGGAUCAUCUUCUGUGUCUUCUUAGAAGUUGACUUCAAAAUUUACAAAAAGAAAAUGAGUGAGUUUUUCCCUGUAGAUGGUAAUAAAGAAGAAGAUGUUGACAUGAAAGAAGAUUCAGAUGAGAAUGGUCCAGAGGAAAAGCGAAGUGCUGAAGACGUGGAAGGGCAUAGCCAAGAAGCAGAAGGAGUCAGUGCCGCUGCUGUGCCCAGCCCUGCUUCAGAAGAGGCAGCUGAAGUCUGUAAAGAUCAAGACUCUGCAAAGGAUGACAGUGUUACAAAAGAGAGUGAAGUCACAGAUCAUUCUUUGGGUGACCAAGAUCAUCCCAAUGGACAAGAGAAUGACUCAAUGAAGAAUGAAAUAAAAAUUGAGGCUGAGCCCCAGAUCUCAUAUAUGGAAACAGAAGAGCUUUCAUCAAACCAAGAUGCCACCAUUGUGGAACAAACAGAAGUGAUUCCACUAACAAAUGACCAUGAAGAAAAAGACGGCAGAAAGGCUCAAGGCGAGGACCCGCCUGGAGUUCCUGUGAAAAGUGAAGACUGUGGUGACACAGAAAAUUCUCCAAGUCCUGAUGUUGAAAUGAAUAGUCAGGUUGACAUUGUAAAUGACCCAACAGAGAUUCAGCAAGAAGAUUAACUAAUAGCAGGGGCACAAGAUGAAGCAAAGGAACACAGAAUUGGCAGCAAAUGACAGUCCUCCGUGUCGCAGGCCUCGCCCAGCCCUAGGGGGUGGAAGACAGCCCCCUGUGCUGUGAAGUAGGGGGUGGGGGGUAGGCAAGUCCCACAGAAGGCCAGUGAAUCCUUUGCUUUAAUUUCUCCAGUUGCAUUUUGUUCUGUUUACCUGCAAAAAAAGAAAGAAAGGAAAAAAAAAGAAGUUUCUUUUAAUUUGGGGAGGGGACCCCCGUCAAUGCAUCUCUCAGACGCUAUCCCAGUAACUUCUGUCUUUUUUCUCACAACUUGGCCCCAGGGUCACAGUGACAUAUGCCCCAUUCACAUGCGUAUCCUGGCCCCUGUCUGCUUUCUCAGUUAUUUCACAAAGCUGGUCGAUACCAGUGGUAUCUUCAAAGGAAAUGGAAGAUGACUGGUAAACCUCAGGCUAAAUUUCAGGAGUCAUCAAGCCCAGAACCUGUACACUCCACAGACAAAGGAGGCGGGAUAGAAAAAUGGAAAAACCCUCGGAAAUCACUUGGCUAGUGGUCAGGACGUUGAAUGGAACAUGAUAUUUGAUUUAGGGAUUCUCAAGGUACAGUUUUGUUUUCCACACAGUUUGUGAGGGGCAUGGAAGCAGAAUUUAAGCCAGGGCAGAGCUCAAAGGCAUAGCAAGGAAGCGCUCACCUGGUUCCUGAGGUCUUUACUGUGCACUUCAGCAUGGAGCUCACCAGUGACGUGGGACUCUGCAACACAACUGUACGGGGUGGAAUUUUUCUAGGUGUUUCAGUUAAGAGAGGAGGCUGUUGCAUUCAGGAUCCAAACAUAUGCCUAUGAAUAUUAACAGUUCCACUUGAAAUCUCUCUAUUUAUGCUUUUCAUAAAAGAACAUCCUAUCUUUACCCGAGGUUUGAUGACCCACAGAGCAGAUUCUCAUUUGAAAUUAGAGGCAAUUAGAGAUCUUGCUUGCAAUUCUAGCUUCCUAGUUUGCUUUUAAAUGGCUUCCCGGUUUAUUUCCUGCCAAGUCGGUGACUAAUUUGAUAGCUGGUCCCCUCUCCCAGCAAACCAUUGAUUAUGGUCUUAAAGCAGUGAAAAUACCGGUGGUGCAGUGGGCCCAUGGGGUGAAAGGCCCAGGAGAAAGUCAGAAGUCAUCACAGAGCCAACACAAUGACCGUCAGUAGGCAGAUGCCUGCUUCCCACAGCCUCCCUGGGUUCUCAGGCCAGUCUUUUUUUUUUUUCUGUGGAAAUUGAUAUCAUUUUUUGCACAUCUUCUUAAAUCCAUCUUUCUUAUAAAGGAUUUAGAACUGUAAGUUAUAUAUUUUUUAUUAGUAGAAUAAGAAAAAGGAAUGGGACAAACUGAGUAUUCUGAAAACAAAAGGAUAUUCUGCUUUCUAAAUAUUUCAUGGAGUUCUUAAGUUUUAUUCUUUCCUUCAUGGAAAAUACAUUUUCUUAUCCUCCUAUGAACUUUGUUUUGGCUUUCGGAAUUUGUUGCCCCUGUGGAUGGCUUAUUUGGUAUAUUGAAAUAAUUAGCAAGUUGUACUUCUAAAUAUGCAAUGUAUUUUAACAUCCUGAACUUUUUUCUCUUUAAAGCUGAUC